GCAAGAUUUCUGGCUCAAAAGAAUACAUUUUCCUGAUACUCUUUAGAAGUGAGACACCAUUGCUCCAGUGAGAGCAUGCCGUACAGUAUAUGGAGCUGGAUAUAGAGUUCAGGUGAAGAUGGACAGGGUGCCUACAGAAAGACGACAGUCUAUGGGUUCUGAAAGGAUAUACUCUGGACUGGUCAACCCGGAUGAAGAUGUGUAUGGUACUCUGGACAAGACCCCUCAUAACCAUCCAAGUGCACCACCAACACAGGAGACUAAGCCCAGCCCUUCUCCCUACAGACUGGCUACAGUGUGUCUGGGGCUUCUGUGGGCUGUCACACUGCCUGCCAUCAUAGCUCUGUGUGUCUACUACAGCAGAGGCUCCCAGAGUGGCAAAGAGGAACAUAUCAUCCAGAGCGCAAACAACCCCCAGUUGAUGAAUGAACUACUUGAGGUCCGAGUAAACUACAGCACCCUAAGUGCUAAAAAUUACAGGUUACAGAGGGACUACAGAAAUCUUAAGGCUGAGAAUACCAUACUCCAGAAAGAGAAAAGAAGCCUACAGAAUGAGAAAGAUGGAUAUCAGAAAGAGAAAGCAGAGCUACAACGAGAGAUCACUGGCCUCCAAUCACAGAUCACUGAAAUGAGGAGAAUCUGUACACCUUGCCAGCAGGGCUGGGAGCUCUUCAACUUUAAGUGUUAUUUAUUUUCUACAUACAAGUUGUCCUGGAAUGAGAGUCGCAAUCUCUGCAGAUUAACGGAAAGUGACCUGGUGAUUGUAGAGAGCAGGAAGGAACAGGAAUUUCUAAUCAGCAAUCUUAAAAAAGACAAUUACUGGAUUGGCCUGACUGAUACAGCUGAAGAGGGGACCUUCCUGUGGGUUGAUGGCAGUAGAGACACUAGAGGAUUCUGGGACAGUGGACAGCCAAACGAUCCCAAUGGGAAUCAUGAUUGUGUGGCCAUCUAUCCCAGAUCCAGUUCUCUGAAUGCCUGGAACGAUAUACCCUGUAGUGCAUCCCGCAGUUGGAUCUGUGAGGUUGAUGCCGUCAGAUUCACUCCUUAGACACUCCCUAUCAUUCUCUGCACUUACAUGCUAAUUCUGUGUUUGGCGUGUUUGUUUUGUUUCACUGUGAUUUCAUGUAAUUGGAUUACAAACAUGUACAAGCUUUUUUUAUAACAGGCUACACUUUGCAAAGAAGUUGCAGCUUCAAAUAAUGUGCCUUGCAAAUGUAUUCAACCAAUUCCUUCAUUUUGUGAAAUUGCAAAAUUAUGUUGUGUACUGUAUAUACAUUAUUACACACUGAUCAUUUUAAUCUUGAAACUCUUGAAUGCUCAAACUGAAAACUUUCUGGGUGAAGUUGUUAAAUGCCAGCAAAGGUAUUCACCCCUUUUGCUGUGAAAAACGUCCAUUAGCUUAGGUGUUCAAAAUAACUGUUUAAAAUGUUUUAAAAUGAAGACAUAGAAAUAAAGAAUUCAAUUUAAUACA